AUGCGGAUCGUGGAAUUCCAUGUCGGCGAGGGUAUCUAUUUCAAGGGCCACCUGGGACCGGGGGAAAUUACCUUGCUUUUGCAAUUGCUGGUAUUGGAAGAAGAAGAAAAAGAAGAAGAAGAAGAAGAAGAAGAAGAAGAAGAAGAAGAAGAAGAAGAAGAAGAAGAAGAAGAAGAAGAAGAAGAAGAAGAAGAAGAAGAAGAGAACGUACUAAUUGUGACCACCAAUAAACCUGAACAAUUGGAUGAGGCUCUUCUUCGACCUGGAAGCAUCGCUUUUCAGACUGAGUUUGGAAAUCCUCGCAUUGUUGAGAUCAAACAGCUGUUUCAAACUAUGUUUCUGCCACGACAGUGUUCCAAAUCUCAGCUUACUUGGACUGCGGAAAAGCAGCCACAUUCUGAUACUAUGAGGUUGGAAUAA